AUGAUUAUGCUCUUGCACGGUCAGAUCGGCGUCAGGGAUAGAGCCACCGAAUCCACGUCUAGACGGUACUUUCACCUCAAUUACAUCUCUGUCCCGCUCAUCUCGGUCCUGGCACUUCUCGGUAGUGGUGUCUUUGACCGCCAGACAAUACGAGAUGGCGUUGUUGGUACCGGCGGCAUACGCCCAUUAAACAUAAUGGCGCUCUUCGUUUCCUUGGCCUACAUCUCCAUCUCGUUAGAUGCGACCGGCUUGCUUAGGUUCCUAGCAUUCUGGGUCGCCAGCAAGGGUGGGUCCUCCGGCCAUAGAUUGUAUAUGUACCUGUACGUGUUCUUCCUGCUGUGUGGCGUCAUAGUUGGAAAUGACCCCGUCAUACUGUCUGGUACGGCAUUCCUGGCGUACUUCACUGGAGUCACUGGGAUUACCCCUCCGUCAGCAUGGAUCUUCUCCCAGUUCGCUGUCGCCAAUAUGGCAUCUGUUGUCCUCGUCUCCUCCAACCCAACGAACCUCGUCCUCUCCGGGGCCUUUGCCAUCUCCUUUCUCUCGUACGCCGCACACGUUGUUCUCCCCUUCCUCGCGGCCGCCCUGUGCGUCUUUCCCCUGCUCCUUGUCCUCUUUCGUGCCCUUCCUCUGCCCGGCCUAUCUGGGGGGCAUCCACAAAGGGAAACGGAAAGAGACCUGAUACCAAAACGCAUCUACAUCGGAAUCAGCCAGGCAGAGGUGCGCGCGACGCUCGUUGAUGCGCGUGGGGCGGUGUUCGGGAGUGUGCUGUUGGUCGUUACGCUUGCGGUACUGGUAGGGGUCAGUACUGUAGGCGUGCCGGUGUGGGAGGUGACGGUCCCGCCCGCGGUCAUCAUGCUUGUAAGGGACAUUUGGUUCGACUGGACGACUCAUCUUACCAGAGCAACGCCGAAGGCAGUAGAUGAAUCGCGACGCACGAGUAGCGUCGGGGAGGACGUGUCCGACAACAUGAAUGAGAUGCCGGCAGACACCCUGGGAAGUGUCGAUGUGGACAACGCAGGGCGUGAACACCACGAACUGCAAGACCUCUCCGCACGCGCGCCCACGGUCGUCUCGCCUUCACCAAUUGCUCCUUCUUCCAUCACCCCUUCCUCCUUAUCCCUCAAACCCCAUGCCCCUGUUACGCUCACACCCCUCCUCUCACACGCUCUCUCCCGAUUCGCAACAGCCUUCCCGACCGUGACACAUGUCCUAGAGCGUCUCCCUGUCGCGCUCCUGCCCUUCGCAUUCCUCAUGUUCAUCCUCGUUCAAGGCCUCACUACCAAAGGCUGGGUCGAGCUCUUCGCGCGCUGGUGGGGCGCGUGGGUGACCAAGACGGGCGUUCUGGGUGCAGUGGGUGGUAUGGGAUUCCUGACGUGUGUAACGUGUAACUUCUGCGGGACGAACAUCGGCGCAACAAUCUUGCUCGGGCGCAUCCUCCAGCUCUGGCUCUCAUCCUCCUCCAGCGGCGUGGGCACCGACGCGAGAGCACGCGACGGCGCGAUCUAUGCGCUCGCGCUGGGCUCGAACUUUGGCGCGUUCACGCUCACGUUCUCCGCGUCGCUCGCAGGCCUGCUCUGGCGCGAGAUCCUUGGUCAGAAGGGCAUUCAUGUCGGAGGAAGGCAGUUUCUGGUGCUGAAUUUGCCGAUCAGCUUUGUGGCGAUGGCGGUGGGCUGUGCGGUGCUUGUGGGGCAGGUGUAUGUCGAGCAUGGGAGGGGGUGAGCUGUGCGAGAUAGCGGACGACGAGCGUAGACAUGAUACGGAUAUGAUCUUCUCGACAAUUCCUCGCGAGACCUUGCCUGGCCUUGUGGUAGUACGAAGCAGGAGGACAAACAGACAACUCAGAGCGAUUGAGUCGAGGCAUACUCUUACCAGAGCCGUUCUGUGGUUCAGUAUUUGCGUGGUACAGUUGUGGGAACAACUUUUACUUAUUUCGGUAGCCUGUAUCAGUUCAGAUGCUCCAUUAAAAUUUGCUCGU